GCGUAGAGCUGUCAACGUUCACACGCACUGUACGCAUGGCGCUCGAGUACCUCGAGGUCCCGUACGAGCUGCUGCGCACUGCACCGCAUGCAAAACUAGCGUACAAGCACAACCCGUUUGGCCGGAUCCCAACUCUUAUUCAUGACGAGUUUGUUGUAAACGAGACCCUAGCCAUACGCAUCUAUAUCGACCACAUGUUCAGCGGCAAGGCGCGCACGCUGACGCCGGCAGACUUUUCGACCAUCCUGGCCAUUGGCCAGUGGAUUUCUAUGGCUAGCGACUAUGCCUUCCGUGGGCUCGUCCACGGAAUCUGCAAGCCGCGCAUGGCAAUGGAGGGGAAGGGCGUGAGCGAGCAGGAGAUUCGAGAGAGCCUCAAAGACGCAGUCGCUCAGGGGAAGGCGGUGGCGGCGGGCGACCAAACAUUCCUGGCUGGAAAGAGCCUGACCUGGGCUGAUCUCUUCCUGUUCCCAAUCUUCUCGGAUCUGUGCUCAAUGCCCGAGCGCGCGCUGGUUCAGGAAGAGGCACCCAGGCUGUAUGCGUGGUACGAGCGGGUUGUCCGCCUCGAUAUUGCACGCAUCACUCACAACGGGACAGUUGCUGCUGCAAGGCUCUGACCCGGCCAAUUGGGCUUAAAAGUUUGAAGUAAUAUAUUCGAUGUCUCGAAGAGCACGUUUGCCU